CUAGUGCGCUGCUGCGGCCGCACGCCUGAUUGAUAUAUGACUACAAUGGCACUUUUCCAUUUGACAUUCUCUCUCUCUCUCUCUCUCUCUCUCUCUCCCUCUCUCUCCCUCCCUCUCUCUCUCGCUGUGUCGCUUAAACAACAGUCCUAACUUUUGUGUGUUGCAAAUAUAAAAGGCAAGCCAUGUGACAGAGGGACAGAAGAACAAAAGCAUUUGGAAGUAACAGGACCUCUUUCUAGCUCUCAGAAAAAGUCUGAGAAGAAAGGAGCCCUGCGUUUCCCCCAAGCUGUGCAGCAGACACUGAGAUGAUGGAUUGCAAGUGAAGAGAGUAAGACAGAACUCCCGCAUACAAAGGACAAUGCCAACCAGAAGGCUUCAGCCGGAUCCUGCCCUUUCCUCGGAAGGAACUGGGUCCUAGGAGGGGAAGGCAUUUCUAAUUUUUAGUCCUCUGCCUCCCUCUACUGUUCUUCUUGAGAAGUUUUUCCCUACAACAAUGAGAAAUCAUGUACUAGCUGCAUCCUUUUCUAUGCUCUCCCUGCUGGCUCUAAUGGGAGAUACAGACAGCAAAACGGACAGUUCGUUCAUGAUGGACUCGGACCCUCGCCGCUGCAUGAGACACCACUACGUCGAUUCUAUAAGUCACCCAUUGUACAAGUGCAGCUCAAAGAUGGUGCUUCUGGCCAGGUGUGAGGGACACUGCAGCCAGGCCUCACGCUCUGAGCCCUUGGUGUCCUUCAGCACUGUCCUGAAGCAGCCCUUCCGCUCCUCCUGUCAUUGCUGUCGGCCCCAGACCUCCAAGCUGAAGGCAUUGAGGCUGCGCUGCUCAGGGGGCAUGCGACUCACGGCCACCUACCGGUACAUCCUCUCUUGUCACUGUGAGGAGUGCAGCUCCUGAGGCCUGCUGUGGAAUGGCUUCUGGAUGGGACAACCACCCGAUUGCUGAGGUGGUUCAACUAGCCUGGCAAGAAAAGAGUUAAGGCAAAAAAAAAAAAGAUGCAGCAAUUCCCACGGGAUUCUGCAUUUUCUGAUAACAAAGACUCUACAUGCUUGUUGACAGAGAGAUUCUCUGGGAACUUGUUUCCCAUUCCCGUCUCCUUUCCCUGGUACCAUUCCUCUGGUUCCUUUUCAGAUUCAGGCAUUUCCCCCGUUGGUGCUGAAUGCUGUUUGGUUUUCCAACAAUUCAGCUUUAAUGGGAAAAGCAGGCUCUCAUGCAAGAGUGGGUCAGGCUGUCACUGUUUGGUGCAAAUGAGGGAAGCAUUCGCUUUGGAAAGCAGGAAAGCCCAACUCUUCCUGGGACAUCAUCUGGGUGUUUUUCAUCUUGUCCUUCAGUCUAAGGCUGCCAUUGCUGCUAAAGACUACAAAUUUCCCAUUCCAGGCACCAAGCACGUGGACAUGUUUAGCCACAUUCACUCACGGCCAGCUAACUGACUUUCAAAUCACUAACAAAUGGAUUCUCGUAUGUAAUGUUGGAACUCCUGAUAGCUGUGAUUAUAUUCAGAAAUGACUCUGGAGAAGUAAAGGUGGUGUAAAGAAUUUGUCACCUAAAAGCUCUUUCACAUAAAUUAUGGUAAAAUGUUGUAAAGGAGCAGACUUUAAAAAACCUACACAAACACGGAUCCUGCACUGACUUUGAAAAAGGCAUAUAUGUACUAGUGGCGUGGAAAAUGCACUAAUACUCAUGCAUGCAAAUUGGACAACUAAGUAUGACUCUAUUUGUGGGUGAGCUCUAGCUUUAGCCAUGUCAUGGGCAUCAUCCUCUAACAUCCACCUAUCCAUGUGAAGCUUGCUACCAAAAUGGUGGCCUGCCUCACCUUUUGAACAUUUUGUUCAAAUAUAUUUUGGUCCUUGUGGCUCAGAUUUUGAGUUACUCUCAUG